AGUUCGGUAAGAAAGGAGGGAUUAUUUAUGUUGAUGUGUGGAUUUUAUUGAUAUAUAUUGCUGUAACCCAGACAUUGAGUAUUCGCCAUGGCCCACGAAGAAGAUAAUGGCACCGAGCAGUCAUCAGAACAUUGGUUAAAUAGCUUUGAAGAGGAGUGUUUGGAAGAACUCGAUGCAGAACCCAAUAUGGCGGAAACCCUUCAAGCACAGAGAGAAUACGCAACACAGAAACUUUUUUUUCAUUUCCAAAAUUCUGCUACAUCUAUAGCACAAUUAUACAAAGAUCGACACAGUGGGCUUUCCUUGUUUAUACCAUUUCAGAAUGCUGCUGCAUCUGUAACUAGUCUCUAUAAAGAUAGUGUAGAUUCCCUAAGACGUUGUGUAGAUGUUGGCGUUCAAAGAGGACGGCAGCACAGAACAAAGGACAUUGUUGCAUGGGCAAAGAAGAGACGUAGACAUAUACGUAGAGAAGACUUGCUUGCCUUUCUUUGUGGGAAGUCUCCUCCAGCUAGAAAUCGGUUGUCAGGUCCAAUAGUUCGUCAUACAUCCUCCUCCCGACUCAGUGGCUUGGAAAGGUCUCAUUCCCCACGUGUAUCUGGUGCAGAAGGGUGUGAGCCAGAACCGGAACCAGAUCUACAAGUAUUUAGAGAAGCCAUUGCCCUUCAAGGACUCAAUGGUGCAAUGUCAAACAUCAGUGUGGACUACAAUAGGCCUCAUGGUACUCCAAGUACACAAAUGCCUCGAAAUAAUAUGGAGGAACUGAAUCGCUUUAUAAUGGAUGAAAUAUCCCAAAAUUAUGAUUCUUCACGUAAGAGAACAUCCUCUCCUGAUGUGCUAAUGGACUCUCCAUCACGGAAAAGAAGUCGAUUCAGCUGGAGGGAUUAAGAACAUGAAGUGCACAAUUUCCUGAGGUUUUUAUUGCUGCCUAAAAGUUUAAGGAUACACAUCAUCAGAUAAUGUAUUCAGAUACACUGCUAGUGUUAACUGUGAAUGGGGAUGUAUCAUUUUGUUUGUAAAACAUAUUUACCAUUUCCUUUUUCUUUCAAUGUUGAAUUGAAUUUUUAUUUUGUUAUCAGUAUUUCAGUCCAUGCUGAACUGUUUUGUUCAUUAUUGAAAAUUGUUUGAAUAAUACUGUAAAUUUGAUAGAAUAUAUGUAUAAAAUUUCAGUUUUAAAUCCUGUUGUUGAAUCUUUUGAUAUAGACUACAAGGUCAUUAUUUCUACACAAAGAAUUGAUUUUUUUUAUUUGUAAAUAAAAAUUAUGUUACCUUGAUAUGGGCAUUUUGGAUUGGGGGAGGAGGGAGUCAAUAUAAUAAAUUCAAACAUAUGUAUACUUAAAAGCUUAUGUUAUAACUAUGUAUGACAGGUAUUUUAAUGAUUUUAAAAAAAACUUCUUAUUUAACUCAAUGUGGGGACUGAAUUGAAUUGUUUUCUUUAUGGAAAAUCAUCCAGAGAAAAUUAUUACAUGUUGUUACUUGGUUCUGCAAUAAAUUUAUCUCUUUCUCUAUAGUUUAAAGACUAACACUGAAAAAGGUGUUGUAUUUUACUUCAAUGUCAACUCUGUUUCCUGUAGCAUGUCAUUGUACAUGUAACAAAUAUGUAUCCCCAUUCACAUUCCAACAUCAUAAAAUACAAACUGAGUUUACCUGCAGGAGAGAAUUAUAAUGUCUGUGAUGUAUAUUUUAUUCUGUAUGUCAUGCACAGCUAGUGUUCCUUUAUACAGAGUCUGCCAAAUAAGCUGUUGGAUUUGUAUUGCUACAUAUACUGUAAGAGCUAAAAAGUCUUAAAUUUUAUAAAUAUAUAUUAAUUAAUAUAUCAGUAUAAGAAGAGAUUGUUUGAUGGGUUUACUGUGUAAACAUGAACUCCGUGAUGUGGUUUGAACUCGGGUGUAACAAAUGCUGAGACAGAAAGCUCAAAUUGCAUGUAACUGUAAGGAUGUGUGUGUGUUUGUGUUUUCAUGAUAUUCAAAUGCAGUAAAAGCUCAUUGGAGAUCUGUUAUUUCUUAAAAUACAUUGUAAUUAUCUAUUGUAAGACUUUGUUGUCAGUGUUUUGAUAAAGAAGAAAUAUUGAUAUAAGAAUUGUUAUCACCCUUUCAGUAGCCCAUACUUAAAUUUUCAUUGAUAAACAACAAAUAUAAGGAUGACAAACCAUAAUAACUUUUGUUAAGUAUGUGUUAAACAUCCCAUCGGUAUAUAUUUAUAUUUCAUUUCAUACUAUAAAGGCUCACACUGGCCAUACUAAGAUUAGUCUAUUUCUCAUACAUUUUACUUGGUUUAUGUCAUAUCUCAAGACAUGUUUCCAUUUUACCUUUCUUUUAAACAAUUUGUACAUUCAGGUUGUUUUUCAAGAGAAAGUAAAAUAUUGAAAGUAUGAUUUAGUUUACCUCCAUGAAACAGUUACAUCUGUCAACUUUCUCUUUUCAAAUACUACUUCUACUGAAGACCAUGGCAGAAUUAAUCAAGAUUGGAGUGUAACAAUCUUAGAAAAGGCCAAUCAUAUUUUUCAUAAAUGUACUGAUGUUGUAAAGAGUGGUUAGUAUAGGGGUAGGGUCUGUAAUUGAAAAUUUGGUAUUCUGUUUUAAAACACUGCUCUCCCUACAUUGGCAAAUUUUAUUCAGAUGUGGUUAUAAGAUUCUUUGUAGAAUUUAUCAUAUGUGUGUAAUUGAAGUUAAUGUCUUUGGGAUGAAGGGGCAGGACCAAUGAUUUUGCUUCCUUUUUCAUCAGUUUGACAUAUCACAAGACACAAAAUGUCCUGCAUGUAUGACUCUUAAAAUUGAUGGUAAAAGUUCUAUUGGCUUCUUGUUUCAUAUAAUUUGUGUUGCAUUGACAUAAGUUUAUUUGAAUGUACAUCAUUAUGAUUGAUUUGGUUACAUAGUUACUGAUUUUUAACAAAAUGUCAGUACUUUCUUUAACUUUAAAAAGAACA